AUGGCCACAGGAAGAGUCUUGCUAGGCUCUCUGCUUCUCCUGAUCCUCCACUUGGACCUUGGUGGAAGCCGGGGGGCCUGGGAGGCUCUGGUGGCGGAGAGAGAGCUCUCAUUUGAGCCAGCGGUGGACAGAGAGACCCAGAGGCCACAACCGGGAGCCCGCCUGCGCCGAUCGCUGACCAGCCCGUGCCAGCUGUGGAGCCUGUCCUUGCCUGUGGCUGAGCUGGGCCUGGGCUACAUGUCAGAGGAGACGGUCAUCUUCCGCUACUGCGCUGGCAGUUGUCCUCGCGGUGCCCGCACCCAACACGGCCUGACGCUGGCCCGACUGCGGGGCCAGGGCCGAGCCCAUGGAGGACCCUGCUGCCGGCCCACCCGCUACGCCGACGUGACCUUUCUCGAUGACCGCCACCGCUGGCAGCGGCUGCCCCAGCUCUCAGCAGCGGCCUGUGGCUGCGGUGGCUAA